AUGUCUCUCCAAAGAGCAGGGCCCGUAGCGGCCAAUCUGCGUACCAUACUCGUCAAGGUGUCACCAUCGCCAGCAACCCUUUCCGAGCGGCGUGCUGUUCUCGGGGCACUGAAGAGGUACGCCGAAGUCGAGGUCUUCAAGAAGCUCCAGGACUCAUCCCACUUCAUCUCCAUCGUCGCCCAGCCCCAGAUGGCCCACAGCCUAAUCGCCAAAUCCCCCCUCCAAUUCGACGUCGCCGCCCCCCAAAACCACCACACCACACCCAUCACCACCACUCCCACAUCAACCCCACCCUCCCCCCAAACCAAAACCUUCCUCGUCAAAAUCGCCUCCAAGCCCGACCACAACCACAAAACCCACAUCCGCGAGGCCCUCACCUACGGGCGGUGGCCCGAGCAGGGCCAGGCCCACGCGCAAGCGCUCUUCCUCUCCGACUCGCUGCCGCGCGCCGCGCUGGCCGACACGGUCCCCGCCGGGCUGGCGCGCGCGGGGCUGGCGGACUGGGAGAGCGCGGGCCAGCUCGCGGCCGGGGGUGGGGAUGGGGAGGACGGCGGGGUCGCGACGUGGUUGGUGGGGGGCGCGGAUUUUGUGGCGGCGAGGCGGGCGCGGCGGGAGAGGGUUAGGUCGGGGUUUCGGGAGUUGGAAUCGACUGGGAGUCUCCCCGAUAUCGCCGAGGCAUACACGCAGCCUGCGCCACGGCAGAUCUUCACGCGUCGACUCCUCGAGGCCUUGCCGCGCCCGCUGCGGUCGUCGGUAACUAUGGUGGUUUACGCAAACAACCCGCUGCUUACCCAACGACAAGAUGUGCCCUAUCUCAGCCGCGGGACGCGUGGCAGCCACAACUCUUUGCUCUCGGUCUACGGUCUGUGGUCGCAACUCCCAUAA